AGAUUGUGAUUAUUCUACAUGUGUUGUCUAUGUUUAUUCUGUUAGCAAAUCUCCGUGACCAACGCUUACACGUGGUCACACUUCACAAAGCAUUGGUAGUACAAAUGAGAUUAUUUUUAUGGAUAUUCAGAUUUUGGUAUGAAGACUCGUACCAAACUCUAACAGUUUCACACUUUUGAGAGUGAACUAUGAUUAUAUUUCACAAACAUUACAACAGCUUUCUGUAGACAUGCACAAAACACAUCAAUCACUCUUAUAGGAUUGUUGACUCUCUUAUCUAGAGAAUGGUCGUCAGAUGUACUGAACAAAAUAUGUAAACAAUGCUUGACAAAAGUGCUCUAGACAAUUCUUUAGACAUAUUGUUCUAGAUUAAGAAUAGAUAAGGAUAGUUCUUGAUUUCAAUAAGAAUAUGCAAAGAAUCUAUAACCAUAUAACUUCAAGCAUGAAAACAAAGUUAGAAAAAUGCUUGACAAUAUAACUACAAAUAAGCAAAAUUAUGGUGACGAUAAUUUCUCAAAGACAGCAUUUCAAUUUAAGAGGAACACCUCUCCCCAAUUCUUAAACUAAACGAUUGACAACUAUACAGUAAUUCGGCAAGGUAUACGUAUUCAUAAGACCAUUACUACGCAAAAAAAAUAUCAAGAUAAGUGAUAAGAUAACUAGCUAGUCGUUUUAUAAACUAUAUAGUUAAAGCUGAAGCGCUGCGAUUUAAAUAGCCAGUUAGAACAUUCAAUACCGCUUAGAGUCCUUAAAUCGGGGGUUACUCUAAAGGUUCGCUAUGCGUGACUGAUUUUAGGCGAGUGUGAUCGAGAUGUAAACAUUUCGGGGGGUACGUGUCAAAAGUAAAGAAAGGGGAAUUCCGAACUGAAUAGCAAAAAAUAAACAAGUACCACUCUUAUCCACAAAAUAACAUGAAUUUCAUGCAGACAUAGUGUAUAUAAAGAGAUACACUGGCCAUAUUUCUUUCUUUCGAACACGGUCGCGUUCACAGGUAGACGAAUUAUAGAAGAAAGUACAUUGAGUGGAUUCCUGGCGAUACAGAGGAUAGCGAGUAUAGUUGCAGCAUCCGAAUACGAUACAAAGUUUUUCAUCUUUUGAACAUGGAAGACCAACUUCUGGAGAAUAUGGAGAUAGAUGAAGAUACAUGUAAUUAUAGCUCAGAGGAGGAUGAUGAAGUCAAUGAAUUGAUAAGAGAGAUAUUUGGUGAUGAAGAAACAUUGGAAGAGGAGCAUGAGGAGGAGUAUGAAGAUGGAAAUGAAAUGUGGAAUGAGACACGAGAAAACUAUGAAGAUGAAUACUCUCUUCUGAGAGAGAGGAGAUUUGUUGUUGGUGAGGGUGCUCUCGUAAGUCUCAUCAAGAGGACAACAUGUGAGCAGUGUGGGGAGCCCAUAGACCCAUCAACAGUUGUCGAAGUAGAAAAGAUACCAGAAGGAGUGAACUACAAAUUCCUUUGCUGUAAUGGCCAUCCAGGAAAAUGGAUUUCCACACCAUUUUAUGGAGGCAGAAGCUUCAUUAGUAUUUUACUCCAACUCAUGGUGCUUCUUACAGGCAACACAAACACAGGAAGUAACUGGUAUUCGCCUUCCAGCUCCCAGCCGCCUAUGUUGCCACAGGACAAAGUUUCUGGCAAGCCGCCAAAGAAAGCUGUUGAUUGCGGCUUACUCCUUCAUUCUGGAUCACAUUACGACUGCUGUUUGAGGCAUAUGGAUGGUGGCGAUGGUAAAAAAAACGACAAAAUAUUAUUCCCUCUCUAUCUAGGAGGACUUCAUCGUGGUGGGAGGGUGAACAUCAGGAAUUGGUGGCCAACACUCCUAGAAUUUACAUAUACAUUGUCUUACUGUGCUCACUGGCCUAGUUUGGUUGACUUGUACUGGCAGUUUGUGUUAUUACAAUUACUGCAGGGUCUCCGCUUGCAUGCACAACUUUUAAACUUCCCCCUGUUAUCACAAGGAUCUCUACAAAAAAGUUUUGUAUAUUGAAUGUUUCAGGAUUUUUUUUAAUUUUGAGUGAUAUUUAUAUAUCUUUCAUACUGGUGUGUAAUAAAACAAUACUUCUGUUUAUGCAUAUAUUGAGCCUUUGCCAAUUAUUGUUAUUGUGUUUGUGUCAGUGAAAUAUAUGUAUUUAUAUUUGUGCUUCGAGUUUUGAAUCGGUUGAUAUUAUAAUCUAAUUAGAAAUUUGGGAUCAAUCAUUCAUCAAAUAUUGCAUAUAAACAUAACUACAUGUAAAUGUUUUUAUGAUUAUUUGAAGAGAUAUUAGGCCUGUCAUUGUCAAAAACUAUAAAGAUUUCAGCAUCAGUAUACCCAUUGUUAAACAAAAUAAUUUCUCAUCAUACUUCUUGUCCUCUCUUUGCCUCCCCCAGUCAUUAUUGUAGAGACAAUACACCAUUUUAUUGCAGUCAAAAAUAUGACCGUUUAGGCCCAUUAUUUCAGCUAGGUAAAUUCUUGUUUGUAAGAAUAUUUUCAAAUAAAUUUCAAUUCA